AUGCCCCAUUUCAAUAGCUGCAUCUUCAGGCCCUCAAUGCUGACUCUUGGGAUUCCUGGCUUGGAGCCAUUGCAGUUCUGGGUUGGGAUUCCUUUCUGUGGCAUGUACAUCAUCGCUCUUUUGGGCAAUUUUCUGCUCCUAGUUUUCAUCAAAGUUGAGCGAAGCCUCCAUGAACCCAUGUACCUCUUCCUAGCAAUGCUUGGAGCAACAGACAUUGCUCUCAGUACUUGCAUCUUACCCAAAAUGCUAGGAAUAUUCUGGUUUCACCUUCCAAACAUACACUUUGACGCCUGCCUCUUGCAGAUGUGGCUGAUUCACACAUUCCAGUGUACUGAGUCAGGCAUUUUGUUUGCUAUGACAAUGGACCGUUAUGUGGCAAUCUGUGAUCCUCUAAGACAUGCAUCGAUUUUUACCCAGUGACUCCUCACUCAAAUAGGAGUAGGAGUCACACUCAGAGCUGUCCUCUUUGUAGCUCCAUGUCUCAUUCUCAUCAAAUGCAGGUUGAAUUUUUACUGGACCACAGUAGUAUCACAUUCAUACUGUGAGCACAUGGCGAUUGUCAAGCUGGCAGUAGAAGAUGUUCGGGUCAACAAGAUCUAUAGUCUUUUUGUGGCUUUCAGUGUACUUGGACUGGACAUAAUUUUCAUAACACUCUCCUACAUUAGAAUAUUUAUAACUGUCUUCAAGCUGCCUCAAAAGGAAGCAAGACUCAAAGCCUUUAACACAUGCAUUGCCCACAUUUGUGUCUUCUUGGAGUUUUAUCUCCUGGCCUUCUUCUCCUUCUUUACACAUAGGUUUGUUUUCCACAUUCCAUCUUACAUUCACAUUUUCCUGUCUAACCUUUACCUACUUGUCCCACCUUUGCUUAAUCCUAUUGUUUAUGGGGUGAAGACCAAACAGAUUCGAGAUCAAGUGUCCAGAAUUUUCUGUUGUAUUUAUCCUUCUUGA